UUUAUUCGUCCUCCUCAGCUCUUUCGCCUCUCACCCGCUGCAUUUUCCCGCUAAGAAUUUUCACUCUCUUAUGCAAUGCAUUUGCCGCGUGAAAUCCUCGCUCCUGAUUGGCUGAUUCGUCUCUGAUUCCGGAUCCCAUAGGCUCAUUGUCAGAGCGAAAACAUAAUAACAGAUGACGGAACGGAUAGCUGGAACCAGAACCAGACAGAAAGAAAACAAAAGGGUACCAGCUGGCAUUGACAGAAGACCGUAAACAAGAAAUGAAUUCUGAAAAUUCUUUCACGUUUGCGGCUGGAUUAUUUGGAUUUAAAAAUAAUAUGGCAGUCGAAGUAGUGGCGGAAAACUGGCCAGCGAUGCUGGGCCGGAUGGAAAACGCCCUGGAAGACGCGAUUUUCGUCGCCAUCGACAACGAAUUUUCCGGACUCAACGACACCGGCCUCGAGGACAUCAGUCUAUUUGACAGUUCUGAGCAGCGAUACCUGAAGCUGCGAGGGCACAUCCGCGAGUUCUGCAUCGUGCAGGUCGGCGUGUCCAUCUUCAGGAAGGACGCCGAGAGCGGCGGCUACACGUCGCAGGUCUUCAGCAUCUACCUCUUCCCGAGCACCAACGGCGGCAACGACGUGCAAAUCCGCUUCCAGGCCUCGUCCAUCGAGUUUCUCACCCGCUACAACUUCGACUUCAACAAGAUGAUGCACCACGGAGUGAAUUUCGUGUCGCUGGAGCAAGCGGAGAAACUGAAGCAGGCGAUCCGGAAGCAGCAGCCGUACGUGCAGCAGCAAAAACAGCUGCUCAGCGUCGACCUACUCGAGUCCUACCGACGCGUCUGCUCUGACGUGAUGGCCUGGGCCGCCGACGCCAAGGACAGGGAGGAGACCAUUUUCCAAAUUCCCGACGGCCUUUGUCCUUACUUGCUGCAAUGGGACGUCCGAGCCGGCAUCCCCGACAUCUGGGUCAGGCUCCACGGCAAUAGUCUGGUUGUCAGCAAAGUUGGAGAAAAAAUGAGGAAGGAACUGGAAGAGGCCCACCGGGCCAAGGAGGAAGCUGAGGCUUUCGACAAGCUUAUCGGCUUUACUAAAUUCUUCUCGCUUCUGAUCGAACAGAAAAUUCCGCUUGUGGGCCACAACGUCAUGCUGGACAUGAUGCACAUGUUCCAGCAGUUAAUCGAACCUUUGCCAGAAUCGUAUUGGUCGUACAAGCAGAAAUUGCUGAAGCAUUUUCCUGUGAUCUUUGACACGAAACUAAUGAGCAUGGAGAUCAAGCAGAAAAUCGACAUCAAUGAUGUCUGGAACAGCGACCUGCAGAGACUGUACAACUACCUGCACGACAGCCGAUGCGCUAAUUUCGCUCCAGGAUCUCCGGAAGUCUCCAUUCAGGAGCCAGGACCUGGGAGUGGAGAUGGAGCGUGUACUUUACAAGCUCACUUUCACGACGCCGGCUGGGAUUCCUUCUGCACUGGCUACGUUUUCAUCAAGCUCGCGCAUAUCAGCGCCGUGUUUGACGAGGCUGUCAAGAGCGAAGACAAGAUCGCGCAAUUCGAUCUCUCGUGGGACGACUUGAUGAGUGCGGUGCAGCCCCUGCGGAACAAGGUGCACAUCGUCAUGGCCAAGACAAACUACAUCGUUCUAGACGGACCUGAUCCGGAUGCGAGUUGGAACAAUAUCGUCUUUUUGCAGGCCAAGGGAAGGGAGGAUUUGAGGUUUGAGAAUUUGGAGCAACUUUUCCUGCAGUUCGGCAGUGUGGAUAUCAAGAUGGUCGACUCGAAAAGAGCCCUGCUUGCCAAUCCAACUCCAGAAUGCCUGAAGGAAGUGCUGAAGUUUUGCAAGACGCAGCAGUCGUGGUUGCGAGCGUCCCGUUUCUCACCGCUGAAACACACGGACGCGGGCAGGUCUGCCAUGUGGGCUGCCGCCUUCGCGUCGUUGGCCGGCGGAUCUUUGCUCGUCAUCUCGGCCUUCUGCUAGUUAAAUUCGAGGUGUGCAGUGUGUGCGUUUUGCCCUUUGGGGCAGACACACAGACGGUAUUGUGUUUCUCUCUUUCUCUCUUUCUUUCUGCUCGGUUCGACACUAAAAUAUGGCUCUGCUGUGUGAUAGUUCCGCUCGCUUUAUUUGCGGCCUCUCUGUUUUAAUUUUGAACUUUGGCCACUCUCGAAAUAAAAGCUGCUGCGUCGUUACGUCAUUAGAAAAA